GAAUGGGGCGAUGGGAUGUGGCCACGCCCAACACUUGGAUCAUAAACCAGGGCGGAAUCCCAAAUGACUUCCAAUGCCCUAUAGAGGGCGUUCUAACCCACUGCGGUGCGUGCUCAGUCACUCCUGUUAGGGAAUAGGGAGCCGUUUGGAAUACAGCCCCGGAACCGCUCACACGCACACAGAGGACGGAGUGUGUGGAGAGGAGAGGAAAGAAUGGUGUCAGUGUUUCUGUGGAAAACACAGCCACAUUAUUCGCUUAAGCAGGAGUCUGAAACAGAUCAUCACUUCAAAUAACCGUAGCGAUUCGACGCCCCUUGGAUAAACUGGACGGGAAAACACGACAUUAUUGAUCCGAUUCGUCUCCUUUUUGAGCGUUCAGUGAGGAACCAGCAGGUAGUUUAGAUCUUUAGCAGAGUUAGAUGCGGUUAGGAGACGACUUGUGGGAUUGAAUGUGUACCGCGGACGUCUCGCUGGUCUUCUAAUGCGGUUGUAGGUCUUUUAUGGCCAAGCAAACGCGAUGAAUUUACAGCUGUUUACAUUUUAUUAAGCUAGUAGUAGAAGCUAGUUAGCCGGCUAGCAAACCAGUGCUAACUCUGCUAUGCGAGAUACGCGUUUCCCCAGGUUAUUGUGCUCCUUUAUUACAACCUUUACCGUUCCCAGGACAGUCUAACAUUAUCUAUAUUGUAUUUGAAAAUUAUUUUUGAUUAAAAAAAAAAACAAAACAAAAAACAACCCUUUCCUCACACGAAGGCACGCGUUUUUGUGAGGUUUUUUUUCCUUCGUUGGUGGAAAAUGGAUGCGGUAAUGGAGAAGGAGUGCAGCGCUUUGGGAGGGCUCUUUCUGUCCAUCAUGAACGACAUGAAGGCGAGUUACCCUGCCUGGGAGGACUUUGUGACAAAAGGGGCCAAGUUACAGUCUCAGCUAAGGACAACCAUCAUCGUCAUUGGCUCGUUCCUGGACGCCUUCCAGAAGAUUGCUGAUAUAGCAACUGGAACACGAGGGGCAACAAAAGAAAUCGGUUCAGCAUUGACCAGAAUGUGCAUGAGACAUAGAAGCAUUGAGAACAAACUCAAACUCUUCACUACCGCUUUCAUGGAUAACCUGAUCAGUCCACUGGAGCUGACAUUGGAGGAAUGGAAAAAAGUGGCCAGUCAGCUUGAUAAGGAUCAUGCGAAAGAGUAUAAAAAGACACGAGCAGAUAUCAGGAAGAAAUCAUCUGAUACUAUCAAGCUGCAGAAGAAAGUAAAAAAAGGUAAGGAUGAGGUGCGGAUGCAGUUGGACAGUGCGUUGCAGGAUGUAAACACUCGCUAUACUGAGUUAGAGGAUCUGGAGAAGAGAGCUGUGUGCAGAGCGCUCAUUGAGGAACGAGGACGCUUCUGCUCUUUUGUUACAAUGCUAAAACCUGUUCUUGAUGAGGAGAUUAGUAUGCUCGGUGAAGUAACACAUCUACAGUCGAUUCUUGAAGACCUUUGUCACCUGACAGUAGAUCCCAGUGCUUUACCACCUGCUAGUGAACAGGUUAUUCUUGACCUGAAACGUUCUGAAUACACCUACGCAUUCCAGACUCCACCUGCAUCUCCAAGCAACACAAUGUCACGCAAAAGCAGCAUUAGCAGCAACUAUGCCUCAGUGCAUCACGUGCCCUCUCUGGACUCUAUCUCCACUGUUAUGGAUGGCAUGCAUUUGCAAGUCCAAGAAGCAGGGCAGGAGCAGAGCCACAAUGUUCCUGGCAGAGAGAAUGGCACCUCUGUGCCUCGUCCACAUCAAGUUUACAGUGGUUAUGGGGAAAGAGCUAGAGCCCAGUCCACAUCAGGAAAGCCGAAGACAGCCAGAGAGGAACUAGCUCUGACAUUAGCGGGUGCACUCAACUCAGAGACCCCUCACGCUAGCCGUGAGUCUCUGCACUGCUCCAGUGGAUAUAGUACCCAGACAACAACACCAUCCUGUUCUGAAGAUACAAUACCCUUACAUCAUGAAGACUAUGAUUAUAUCUCUCUCCACGGAGGCGAUGACGCACCCAGUCCAUCUGAUUUUGACAAAUCCUGCACGAUUCCACGUAACAGUGAGCUGAGCCUGAACUACCGUAAACUGUUCCAGAGCAAGAGACCAGCAUCCACCGUGAGCCUUCUGACUGAGCCUGAGUCACUACUGCUACAUCAACCCCACACAGCCACGAUCCGGCGUAAACCAUCCAGCAAAGCCAACCUCCGUCGUUGCACCAUCAGCGGAGGAGUGCCCAUCCCCAUCUCCACACCACAGGUGCCACUGAAGCCAUCUACAUCCUCAGCAGGUAUGGCUUCAGGCCAUAGUGGCAGCAAGGAGGCAGUGGGUCCACAAGUGCCCCCUCAAGCUGCUCGGCACACCAGCUCCGAUUUGGCACAUGCUAAACACACACUCUGCACCUCCAACCGGAAUAUUAGUACAAUGCCAACCCCAUACUAUUCGAUGUUCCCUCGGCAGCCACCAGUAUGCAUUACAGAGCAGAUCUACCAAACUAGCAAGCAACAGCAAAGGCACUUCCAACACCACAAUGACAAUCAUCAACAGAACAACCAAAAACAACGGCAAUAUCAGCAAGAGUACAACACACAGGAGCACCCGGUGCCGUCUCAACAACAGUACAGUCAAGCACAACAGGAGGCGAAAUAUCAACAUUACAUCCAAGCACAAAAAGAGCACCCACAUCUACAUCACUACAAGCAACAGAAUCCGCAACAGGUACAGCACAUACCUGCUCAGCAUCCUCAGUUUCCCCAACAACAGCAUCUAAUCCAGCAGCAAAAUCAACAAAAACAGCAGCAGUGCAAACUACCUCAACAGAAUACUGCACUACACUGCUGGUCAGCUGCUCCAGCUGCAGACACUGCAAAUCAUUCAGAUGACACAAAUGAACCCAAUCAGAUGCCAAGUGGUGGCAGUGAUAUGCUAAGCAUGAUCCGCCGGGGGGUGAAACUCAGACGCACAUUCACUAACGAUCGCUCAGCACCUCUCAUCACUACUGACCAUCUCAAGUGAAGAUCAUUCUUUGAGCUAUAAGCUAGUACCUUUUUUUAUUUUUGUUUUUUUAUUUUAUUUUUUA